AUGGGGUUAAACAAUACUACUGUUGAACCAGUCUCAACUUGGUCCCCUGAUUGCUAUUGGGAUGAGAAGACUGCUUGUUCUUGCGUUGGCAAUGGCGAUGUUAAUUGUACUAUUCCCGACGGACUCAAUACUAUUAGCAUCUCAUUUAAUUCUACAUCGCAGGAGCUGUUUGUAAGGUGUAUUGGAGACACAAAAACAAAUAUCAAUUUUCUACUUGAGCGCGAACUUCAGUCAAUUUUACUUAAAACCCGUUAUUUAGAAGUCCUAGAUUGCAUCAAUUUUACGCCCGAAAUCUAUAUGAACGGCAAUGUGCGGGAAAUCGUAAAAAAUAUGAAUGAGCUGUUUGAGGUAACAUUAAUCUAUAACGCCGACUUUGCUGCAAAACCAAAGAAAGAUUUUCUUCAAUUUCAAGAUGUCUCGCACCUACAAUUAAUUGUAAAAUCAACAGCAGAUAUUUUAAGCAUACCAACUGACAUAUUUUCUAAACUUGACCAACUGGAAACGCUUACGCUCAGCUUACAAGGUCUAAGAAACCAGAACUUAACGCUGCAAAACUUGACGCAAACUCACUUUGAAAACGUCACUACACUCAGACAACUUGACCUAGCCACAAAUAAUAUGAAAAUAAGCCGUAAUGAAAUCCGGGAAUUGCCCGAAAAUCUAUUUGCAAAUCAGAGUAACCUUUUAAUACUGGAUCUGAGUCACAAUUUAUUGACACAUUUACCGCCACACCUUUUCGAACAAACUCUUUGGCUACGGCAGUUGAAACUUGGUGGCAAUCAUUUACACGAUACCACAAGUCUUAUGGAAAAUCUGAAACCGCUGCAUUAUCUAAUAAGGCUAGACUUAAGUCAGAACAAACUGCAAACUAUUUUGAGCACUGAGACAUCUGUCAACACAACGCGAAGUUUACUGAACCAUUUUCAAUACAGGAUAUUGAGCAGGUAUUAUACCUCAACGGUCGGUCUUAAUUAUCUCAUGAAUUUGCAACCAGAAAAUUACAAAGGUGCCAACCUUAACUCAAUAAUAAUCAAUUUAAGUGGCAAUCGUUUGCGCGAAUUCAAUUUGGAUUGGCUUGUAGCAGCGAACAUUACAUGCUCUUUUGAAAUAAACCUAGAGCACAAUUUGAUUAAAAACGUGUUUGCUUCACAAAAUUUAUUCAAUACAACUGACGAUUGUACGCGCGAAAUCAAAAUGACUGGAAAUCCGGUCGCGUGCGAUUGUAAAUAUCCCUGGAUUUACAGUGAAAACUAUCAUUCGUUGUUCAAUCGUUUGCAGUGCGUUCAGACGUCAACCAAACUAAAAACAGAUCUAGCGCAGAUGGAGAGUAAUGAACUGUGUGCUUGGGAACCAAUAAUGUGCCCCAGCAAAUGCAACUGUUACGCACAAUCUGAAUUCCUGUACAUCAAUUGCAAGGGUGCGCAACAUAUCGAACAGCUCCCACGCCCCGAGCAAGUUGGACUGAAUAGCUCGGUACUCGAUAUUAGCGGUAAUAAUUUCAUUGUAUUGCCGCUAAACACCACUUUCGGCUAUGGUAACGUUUCACAACUCAACGCGUCGCACAAUAAAAUCACGAACAUAAGUCUGACUCAACUGCCGCCCAAUUUGACGGUUUUGGAUCUACGAAAUAAUCGCUUAAAAUCUCUAAGUGAUGAGUUUUUGCGUACAUAUCUCAAUGACAGCGUAAAACUACAAUUUCUCUAUCUCAGUGAAAAUCCUUGGUUUUGCGACUGUACCGCGCAGCAAUUGCUGUACACCAUACGUACACAUCGGACACGCAUACCCGAUGCCGACUCGUUACUCUGUUAUAAUCAAGAGAGUGUUACACUCCUAACAGCAAACCUGACAGAAUUAUGUCCAACUCCCGUUAAUGUUAAAUAUUAUGAGCACGUGAUUGUUACUGUGAUUUCUGUAGCGUUAACUAUUAUUAUUUCACUUUGCAUCAUCGCAUUCUUCUAUAAAUAUAAACUGGAAUUGAAAGUCUGGUUAUAUAAUCACAACAUAUUGAGAUUUUGGAUUCACGAAUGUGAGCUGGAUAGGCAUAAAAGAUUCGAUGCGUUUAUUUCAUAUGCACAUCAGGAUGCAGACUUCGUCAACCAUAUAUUACUGCCGCAACUCGAACAGUGCGAACCACCAUUUCGUGUAUGCACGCACGAACGCAAUUGGUUGCCUGGCGCUUAUAUACCUGAACAAAUCAUCGAAUCAGUGGAGCAGUCACGUCGGACGAUCAUUGUGCUCUCGCAGCACUUCAUCGAGUCGGAUUGGGCGCGUAUGGAGUUUCGCAUAGCGCAUCAGUGCUCGUUGAACGAGGGUCGUACGCGCAUAAUAAUAAUCAAAUAUGGUGAAAUCUCGAACAGUGAACUAUUGGACAGAGAACUAAAAGCAUAUUUGGAUAUGAAUACAUAUUUGAAUUGGCAAGAUAUCAGAUUUUGGGACAAACUACGCUACGCCAUGCCGCAUAAAACGGGUAUAGAGAAGAAUUCCGAUAUGCUUGAAGUUAAUGGUAGAAUGUAUGUUAUGGGACAAGUUGAGAUGGAUCGUUUGCGUGAAGAGAAUGUGUAA